AUUAUUGGAAACGCGAUCCGUUGCUCUGGGGAAGCGUGAGCGAUUGGGAUAUUUACUAUAUUAACCGUGUACCCGGAGCUUCCAAACAGCAAGCGCAUCGAUCUCUUUCAUUUGAACUGCAUACUGUUCUUAAUGCACUUCCACCAAAAAGCCAGGAAUAUUACAGGGCAGAAGAUUUGCAGAGAUCUUUAACGUAUGUUGCACCUGCGUCUGUAACAUACGUUACUGAUUUUUCCGUUGACAUCGUUUUAACUACGUCCUGCAAUGCGAAUGAGCGACUUUGUCGCGCAAGGCAAAUUGUUGUUCUGCCUGAAAACUGUAAAAAAGACGCGGUAAACAUUGAAUUAUGGAAUGAACACUCCGUAACACUUGGAAAGUUGGCAGUUGAAAAUAGAAUUAACAAAUGUGAAAUCCUAACUACUGGAAUACGUGCAAUAACCAGUGCAGUGGUAACCCAAUUUCCAAAGAAAACGUCUUCGAAGCGGAAGGCAGAUGAGCAUGAAGAAUCUGACGAAUAUGAUGAGAUUGAUAAACAUGAAGAGACCGAACUUGAAAAGCCCGAAGAGCCGAGCGAGCCUAAACGAAAUAAAAAAAGAAAGAAUACGACGGGGUCUGAAGAUGAUCAAUUCCCAAAUAACAUAAAAAAAUGGUCUCCUGACCACGUAAAAAAAUUCCUCGAAUCUCAUAUGAAAGAUUCAGAUUAUAAUGAAAUUGACAUUAAAAAAAUUAGAGAGCAAGAUCUCUCAGGUAGAGCUUUUCUUCGUUUAACCGAAGAGAAACUAACUCGAAAACCUGGCCUUUACGAACUCAAACCAAGUCCAGCGGAAGGUAUUAUGGAAUUAGUCGAAGAGCUCAACAAAAAACUAGGAAAAGACCUUAUUGAAGUCGUAACUGUUACAGAAUAG